AUGAGAAAGAAAGUCUCAACCUUAUAGGAUUAUGAAGAUUGUAAACAACAACUUCUCUUAAACUACCUCAGCACUUUGGAGGAAAAGGAUAAAGAGAAGUUAUUAGAAAAGUUGGAAUCCAUAAAUAUUAGAAAUCUUUUUGAUGUAAAUUGCAAUCAAUAAUUUAGGUCUAUAGUCAUUAUAAAGAAAAGACAAAUGAAAAUCGUGAACUAAAACCUAUAAAAAAUGUAUUAAGAGUUGCCUCUACUCCUAAAGAUACUCUUCAACAGUAUCAAAAAUUAGGAGAAAAAUUAAUUUCAGAAGGAAAGGGUAUAGUUACAAUUUAAUAAUAAUUAAGUUUGUGUGGCAAUGAUGGCUGGUGGAUAAGGUACCAGAUUAGGUUUUAAUAAGGCAAAAGGAAUGUAUGAUAUUGGUUUGCCUUCUCAUAAAACUUUAUUUCAAAUUUUUUGUGAACGAAUUUUGAGUCUCUAAAAUAUGAUUCAAUCAAGAAUUGGAUCAUGUUUACCUAUUCAAUUUUUUAUCAUGACUUCAGAUGUUAAUCAUGAAGAAACAACAUAGUUUUUUAUAGAAAAUAAUUACUUUAAUCUUCAAUCAGAUCAAAUCACAUUUUUUCAAUAGGAUUCCCUUCCUAUAUUAUCAAUAAAUGGAGAUAUUAUGUUGAGUGAUUGCACAACAAUUUUGGAAGGACCUGAUGGUAAGAAUAUUCUUAAUAUAUUGAAAAGGAAAUGGAGGAAUUUUUAGUAGUCUCUACAAUUAGGGUUAUUUAGAUUAUAUGAAAUGUUUGGGCAUAAAGUACAUUCAUAUAUGUCCAGUAGAUAAUGUCCUUUGUAAAUUAUGUGAUCCAAUUUGGAUUGGAUAUGUAGAAUCAAAAAAUUUAAUAAUUUGUAGUAAAUUUGUUAAAAAGGCACAUGCAGAUGAGAAGGUAGGAAUUCAUGCUUUAAUUAAUGAAAAACCAUGUGUUAUAGGUGAAUAUUUAAAUUUAGAUUAGAAUAUAGUGAAAUGACAUAAGAAGAUUUGAAUAAGAAGAAUGAUUAAGGAGAGUUACUUUAUGAUGCAGGAGGUAUAGCUUAAAUGAUCUGUACAGUUGAAUUUGCACAUAAAAUAAUAUAAGAUCCUUAAACAAGUAAUAAAUUAGCUGCAAAGUAAAUAUAUUAAAUAAAUUAGUUAUCAUGUUGCAUAAAAAAAAUAUGAUUACUAUAAUAUUAACUAGAAAUAGAUAAUUAAACCAGAUUAAAUAAAUGCUUUGAAAUUUGAAUUAUUUUUUUUUGAUUGUUUUCCUCUAUGUCCAAAAGAAUAAUUUGGAUUGAUUGAAGUAAAAAGAGAAGAUGAAUUUGGUCCUGUUAAAAAUGCUCCUGGGGAUAAGAGUGAUACACCAGAAACUGCUAAAAAAUUAUAUUUAGAUCGAGAUUAAAGAUGGAUAAAAUAUUAUGGUUUAUAAUUUGCAUAAUAAAUUGAAAUUUCUGCAAAGAUUACAUAUUUUGGUGAAGGCCUUGAAAAUAUAUUACCAAAAUAUUUAGGUAAUAAAUAAAAUCCACUUAUUAUAACAAAUGAUAGAUAAUCAGCACCAAAAUCUCCAUAAUUAGUUAAAUAACCAUAACCAAAAUAAUAACCAUUACAAUAACCAUAAUAAUAAUAAUAAUAAUAAUAAUAAUAAUAAUAAUAAUCUAAAUAAAUAUAAAAAUAAUAAUAACAAAUUGGAGUUUCAAAUUAAUAAAUCUAUCCAUAAAUUAUUUAUUCUUCAUUAAUUAAUUCAGCACAUCCAACAGUAAUGUAACCUAAUUAUUACCCAUAUUAAUCAACACCUUAAAACUCAAAAAAUAUUUUAAUUUAAGAAAAUCCUAUACACUAAAGUUAAGUAUUGAAUCCUAGAUUCUCAAUGUAACAUCAAACAUCAUCACAAUAACAAUUAAAAUAAAUCAAAGCUAAUGCAUUUCCUACUUAAGGUAUAUCUACUGUAACUACUCCAAAAUUAAUAAAUCCUUAAACUAGAUAUUAACCAAUAAUGUAUUCUUAAAAUCUAUUAAAUACUAAAUAAAGCAUUAUAUAGCCAGUAUAAAUUAAUUCAUCUUUGUCACCUUAGAGAGUGACAUCAUAUUUUAAAUAAAGAGCUGUAACAGCAUAAAGACCAACAAUGUUUGCUUAAUAACGUCCACUAAUUAUAUCAGCUCAAUAAUAUGUACCAAUAACAACAAUAAAAAAAUGA